UUGUAGUCUCAAGUCGCUCACGUUGCUCCCCUUCUGGCGUUCCUACCUGUGGCUGUGUACAGCUGUCAUGGACCACAUUAAGGAUGGCUGGUUUACGGAGUCCUGCGCUAUGUGGCCGGGCCAGGCGAUGAGCCUGCAGGUAGAGGAGGUUCUCUACCACAAGAAGUCCAAAUUUCAAGAUGUUAUGGUUUUCAAGAGUAAAACUUAUGGAAACGUGUUGGUGCUGGAUGGGGUAAUACAGUGCACGGAGAGGGAUGAGUUCGCCUAUCAGGAAAUGAUAGCCAACCUUCCUCUAUGCAGCCACCCGGGCCCCAAGAAGGUGCUGAUCAUCGGUGGGGGAGACGGGGGCGUGUUGAGGGAGGUGGUGAAGCAUCCUCUGGUGGAGUCUGUGGUUCUCUGUGAGAUAGAUGAGGAUGUCAUCGAAGUAUCAAAAAAGUACCUCCCAGGAAUGGCCAAAGGAUUUUUCAGUCCCAAGCUCACCCUCCACGUUGGCGAUGGCUUUGAAUUCAUGAAGAAAAACCAGGAUGCCUUUGACAUCAUUAUAACCGACUCCUCAGAUCCAGUCGGACCUGCUGAGAGUCUGUUUAAGGAGUCGUACUAUCAGCUUAUGAAAGCAGCUUUGAGAAGCGGCGGCAUCAUUUGCUCCCAGGGAGAGUGUCAAUGGCUCCAUUUGGAGCUGAUAAAGGAGAUGCAAACCUUCUGCAAGACACUUUUCCCUGUGGUGGACUAUGCUUACAGCACCAUCCCCACUUAUCCCAGUGGCCAAAUUGGAUUUAUGCUUUGCAGUAAAAAUCCUGAAACAAACUUCAGGGAACCAGUGAAAGCCCUCACUAAAGAAGACAUGGAAAGUCUGAACCUUAAGUAUUACAACCCUGAUAUUCACAAAGCAUCCUUCGUCCUCCCUGAGUUUGCCAGAAAGGUACUCAGUGAAGCAUGACCUGCAACGGCAGAUGUACUCCUCACCUGCCUGGCCCUCAGAACACAUAGAAAAUAGAACAAAAUUUCUAUCAUUGUUCCGUGAUGUUUUUCAACUCCUCCACAUAAGGUCAAUGUCAUUCAAGAGAAAUCACCUGGUAGGAACCUGCUGGAUCACUACCCUACCAGUGUUCCUCUCCUCCAGUCUUAAGAACUCUUUGUGUUUUUUCUUUUUCCUCUGGUUUAUAUCAAACUGUUUUUUUUUAAGAACCGUUUAAUAGGAUGAACUGACAGCUUUUAUUGUGAUAAAACCCUGACCUCAUUCUCCAACAGUGUACUGUCUGACUCAGUAUGUUACAUACCCUGUUGAUGUAUUUUGUGUUUAUUGGAUUCAUAUCCAUUUUUCUUUUGUGGAGGGGUCUGGUUUAUGUUCAUUGAAAAAUAUGCAGCAUCCGUAAACUGAACUGGACAUUCAGGUUGCCCAUCAUUCCGUAACAGAACAGACCUAUAGUGCCUGAUAUUAGUGCUUUCAUAAGGGG